AGUCCCGCGCUCAUUCGCUAGUUCGCGCGUCCGCCGCGCACCGUGUUAUCGCCCGUGAACAGUGCACCCGCGAAUUUUCCAACAAGUGAUUCACUGUGCAUCAAAAUGCCGAAGAACAUUUUAGCCGAGAUGGGCUCCCAGGUGGGGCUAACCCCCGCCCGCCAAAAUAAAAAGGAAGCCGAAGAAUGGGCCCGAAGACAGAGCGGUCCGAUGGUCAAUCCUUCUUUCGAACCCGACGAUUUUCUUCCACAAAGUUUAUCACCAGUUAAAGAUGAGAAGAAGAAGCCAGGAGACAAAGGUAUAUUCCUCGUAAACAUGAAGGAAAAGAACCUCCAAGAAGUCGAGGAAUACGAACCUUAUGACAACAGAGUCGUAGAACAUCCUACCACGAACACAGAAACACUCCUGCAUUUGCUAAAGGGAAGUUUAGGUACCGGUAUACUAGCGAUGCCGCACGCAUUUGCAAAGUCAGGAUAUGUGGUUGGAACGAUCGGGACACUCGUCAUUGGAGUACUCUGCACCUAUUGCAUUCACGUUCUCCUUGACUCGUGCUACGUUCUAUGCAAGCGGCGGAAAGUGCCUUCUAUGUCAUACACAGCGGUCGCUGAAGCGGCUCUUUCAGAAGGCCCUGACUGGUGCAAAGCAUGUGCUCCUUAUGCUGCGAAUGUAGUAAACGUAUUUCUGCUAAUCUACCAGAUUGGUACGUGCUGUGUAUAUGUGGUGUUCGUGUCCGAAAACAUUAAAUACAUUUUAAACAACCAGUUCGACCUGAAAGUCACUGCAGUUGAAGUCAUGUUGUAUAUUCUGCUGCCCUUAGUACUGAUGAAUUGGGUUCGAGAUCUUAAAUACUUGGCACCCUUCUCGGCGAUAGCCAAUGCAGUCACUAUCGUCAGUUUCGGCAUUAUCCUGUACUACUUGUUCAGAGAAGCUCCUGUUUUAGAGGAUAAAUAUCCCGCAGGGAAGAUCGCUGAUUUCCCACUCUUCUUUGGAACUGUGUUGUUCGCUUUGGAAGCCAUUGGUGUGAUUAUGCCGCUGGAAAACGAGAUGAAGACGCCCAAGGACUUUGUUGGAAAUUGUGGAGUCCUGAACCGUGCCAUGAUUAGCAUUAUAAUUUUGUACAUUGGUAUGGGCCUGUUUGGAUACCUGAAGUAUGGCAAUGCUGCGAAGGGCAGCAUCACUCUCAAUCUGCCUUCCGAAACUGAGACGCUUGCAAGUGUUGUUCAAGGUCUUUUGGCGUUUGCUAUUUUCAUCACUCACGGUCUCGCCUGCUACGUCGCCAUUGACAUUUUGUGGAACGAGUAUAUCGGUGUUCGUCUCCUGAAUAGCAAUCAUCGGCUUCUUUGGGAGUACGUGUUAAGAACCCUCAUCGUGCUGGUCACUUUUGGUUUAGCCGCUGCCGUUCCACAGCUCGAUCUUUUCAUCUCGCUGUUCGGCGCUCUGUGCCUCUCCGCUCUCGGUUUGGCCUUCCCAGCUUUCAUACAAAGUUGCACUUACUGGUACUACGUUUCUGACUCUGAACGCAUCAGAAUGAUAAUAAAGAACGCUGUAGUAGUACUCUUCGGCGCCCUUGGACUCGUCGUAGGUACCUGGACGUCCCUAGAUGGAAUCAUCGUGACCUUCUCUAGCACGAAUGCCACUGAGGCAAGCAAAUAGAUACAAGUUUGAUGCCGUGAAAAAAUGUUAGCUUUUAGUGUAUUAGUGCCAUUAUGUUAAAAAACCGUCCGUGGCAUAUAAGUACAAUAUCGAAGAACAGGAGGAACGAACAUCGUACAAAAUCUGACACCAUUACUACUACACCGUAGUCUAAGUUAACUCUAUUAUUUUGUUACUAAUUUGUUAUAUUAUAUCUAUGUAAAAUGUGUAAUAUAAUAUGUAAAUAUAACAAACUAAAGAGUAUUAUAAAUACAUGUCCAACAGUUAUGCUAUACAAAUGAAAACUUUUAACACAGCAAUAUUUGAACAUAAAAUUCAUUAUACUAAUAAAAAGUUUUGGUCAUAAAUCGUAUAUAGAAUUAAGCAAUAAUUUAUUUUUAUUAAAUAAUCUUCCGUACUACUAUCGAAUGAAACCUCUGGCAACACAAGUGCUUUAAAUGUAUAGAAUUAUUAAUUUUAAAAGUUGACACAUUAUUAUAUUAUUAAGAGUAACAGUGGCUGAUUAUUUUUGAGCCUCAAUUUUUUUCAUUAUUAGACAGCUGAUUUCUGAAGUAAGCCGAAUCAGUUGAGAGGUAAAGAAUUACUAACAAAUCCAGUUAUAAUAAGUCGAUAAGUCUAUUUAAGGAAGAAGGUUAUUUCGGAGUGAAAUUACCAAUAUCAUUGUAGUAUUGUUGUCGUGUUUAUGAAAAUUGAUAGUUAUUUUAUGAAAAGAGCGUAGCAAUUUUUUUUUUAUCGUGGUACUGAAUUGAAAUACUCUCUUGAACCCGAAAGGCUUUAAUGUUUUUUUAUUGGAAUGUAUUCGCCAUUCUUCUACGGAUCGAAAGGGUUUACUGAUGGGCCGGACCCACAUCGCUACUCCACAUUCUACGCCUAACUGUAAUACUUUACCUCGCAGCAGAUGAUAUUGUAGUUUAUUGUAUGAUAAAAAUGUUUAAAAAAAGUAGUUUGUAAGUAGUUUUAAAGUGACAGUGAGAAUUUAUAAUUGAAACAAUAGAAUGGCAUUUCGUUAGAAUAAGACGUACAUUCAAGUUUUUCCUACCCAUGCAGUCGAAGACAUACAAAUUUUGUGACCAAAUGAUAUCGUCAUGUUCUAAAUAAAGGCAUUUUUACUGUUUGACCUCGCAAAAUUUGUUACCGAAACGAUAUUUUGUUAUUUACAUUUAUGUUACGCAGGCCGGAUGCAUAUGAAUUAUUUAUAAAGAUUUGCCAAAUUAAAGAUUCCUAUUUAUUUAUACAAAUGAAAAGUUUAUUUUAUUUUUACGUAUAUAAUAUUAUUUUUGUAUUAUCUAUAUCAAAUCUGCAACUAUCACAUAGACGGUCCGGUCGUGAAUUUUAAUAAUUAAUCUGUGAUGUUAUAUAAUAGUAGAUACAGUAUUUAUUAGGAAAUGUCUUGGUUAAUUAUGUUAAUUGUGAAUUAUGUGUUUUACACGUCGGUGAUAUUGUGCUCAGAGCUAUGUUUGGGUUUAAUUCCCAUUACAAAUAAAUAUAUUAUAAAUA